AUGGCGCUGCCUUUGCCGCCAGGUCUGACGCCUGCUGAGGUAGCAUUUCUCUGUGAAAUGGAAAUGGUAACAGUAGUGCCUCGCCAGCAAUUGAAAAGUCACGACCUAUUAGGGGGCCCAACCCCAGCUCUACGUCCUCCCCAUCGUGCCCCUCUCCCCUUGUGGCUCGCUCUCCUCCUCAAGCGCCAACGACGAGCCAACAUAGUCCCACCACCAUGGCUCCUCCGCUCCUCCCUCGAACGAAUCCUCAAAGAAGAAACGGAGAUCUCACCUACAGCCUUUUCACGACCUCCCCCGCAUCCCCAUGCAAUAAGCGCCAUACCUUCAGCAACAGACCACAAAUCUCCGCCGUUCUUAGCUUCAAGUACAGCAGACGCUCCAUCCGGACACCUACCAUAUCAUUGGCUUGAGCUAGGAGAGAUUUUACUUCAGGCGUGUAGCGACGACGUUUCUGAGCCGGAUAAAGUACGGACGUUGUUACGGGACCUGAGGGAGGUACGGAUGGCGAAGAUGAGAUCUAUUACAAAACAUUUAGAAGGCGGUGGAGUGGUGUCAUUGGAAGGCGUGGGGGCAAUGGAGGUUGCUGAGGGGAGGCAGUUUGUUGUGGGUGUGAUGGAUGGGCUCAGAAAACUGGGUGCGAGUAGGGAGGCGGAGAGGAGGAGGAGGGAAGAGGAAGGUGGGUCUGGAGAUGGGAAUAGUGAGGAUGAUGACAUGGAAAUGGAAAUGGAGUGA